UCCUGGAGCAGUCUCCUAUCUAGCAAACUAAAACGGCAAAGGCACAUUCUCCUGAGAUCAACUUUUCACCAUGGUUGUUCCAAAUUCACCAACUAAGAUGUCCCAAAGCAGAAUUUUAAGAACACACGGCAGUCAGCAAUAUGGUUCAGUCCCAACCGUCUCAGAGAUCUCUGGAAGUCUAAGGAAUUGGAGUUCCCAUAGAUGUUUAUCUACAGACAGUAACAGUUUGGAGGAUGAGUCUCCAGAGUGCAAUGAGUCCGACCCCUUGCUUUCCAAUGAACUAUGGAAUGGGUCAAGGUUAAACAGAUCCAUGACUGCAAAGAGUGGAGAAGGUUCAAGUGGACCCACGGAAUCAGUGUGUUCCAUGGUGCUGCAGAUUCUGGUACCGUUUGUACUGGCCGGUCUGGGGACGGUUUCUGUUGGGAUGCUACUUGACUUUGUGCAGAGCUGGGAUGUGUUCCAGGAUAUCACUGAGAUUUUAAUUCUGGUUCCAGCUGUUUUAGGCAUGAAAGGAAACCUGGAAAUGACGCUGGCAUCAAGAUUGUCCACUGUUGUAAAUACUGGGGAAAUUGAAUCUACCAGAGAUAUGUGGAUGCUGAUUGGUGGAAAUCUUGCUCUAAAACAGCUUCAAGCCACAGUUCUGGGUCUGCUGGCCUUUCUUAUAGUGACUAUAUUGGCCUGGAUAGCAGAUGGAGAAAUGCCUCUAAGCCACAUAGUACUCCUUUGUUCAACCUCUUUGUCUACUGCCUUCGUGGCAUCACUGCUACAAGGCAUCGUUGUGGUUGGGGUAAUCAUGGGCUCCAAGCGAAUCGGUAUCAAUCCUGAUAACGUGGCCACUCCCUUGGCAGGCAGUUUUGGCGAUCUCAUCACGCUUGCUCUGUUGGCAUCCUUCAGUCAAUGGUUCUACUCCAUUAUGGAUUUUUAUCCCCAUGUGUUAUACCUGAUGGAUCUUCUGUAUAUGAGUCUGAUACCUGUUUGGAUGAUGAUCUCUUCAAAACACCCUGCCAGUCAGAUCUUGCUUCGUACAGGCUGGGAACCACUCAUUACAGCAAUGGUUAUCAGCAGUGCUGGAGGGCUAAUUCUGGACAAGGCUGUGUCAGAUCCAAUCUUGAUUGGGAUUGUAAUUUAUGCACCUGUCAUAAAUGGUGUGGGGGGAAACCUGGUUUCCAUACAUUCUAGCCGCAUUUCCACACAUCUGCAUUUGAAUUACUCACCCGGAGAGGUUCCAGAUGGUCCCAGAAGCUGCUUGAACCCCUGUUACACUUUCUUUGGUUCAGGUGCAAACCACAGAUCCGCCCUGGUUCUUCUCAUUUUGGUUCUUCCUGGUCAGCUGGUCUUUUUACAUAUUAUUCAUCUGAUUAAAGGAGGUCUCACACUGCCCAGCGCUCUCUUCACUGUUUUCUUCCUAUUAGCUUCUACAAUUCAAGUCUUCUUGCUGCUGAGUCUGGCUGACUGCAUUGUCCACUGUCUGUGGAGGAGGGGCAAAGACCCUGAUAGCUACUCAAUACCCUACCUCACAGCCUUGGGAGAUCUUCUUGGAACUGCUCUGCUAUCUCUUGCUUUUUUCUUGCUGUGGUGUAUUGGUGAGCUUUAAUAUAGAUCAAUUCAAGAUGGUACUGAAACAAUUAGAGCCAGAGGGAAAGAUAGAGAACAGCAAUCCUAUAGUUUACU